AAAGUGUUAAGUUCUUAUAAUACUUCCGGUGUUUACACUAAAAUAACGCCAAAAAUUUGAUUGGAUCAUAAAUUUUUUUCUGACAUCCUGUAUUUCAUUUCCAUUUGUUACUUUUGACUCCAAACCACAUUGGACACCCUGUGGGAUUGUGAAUCCGUCAGAGCAAUUUCUGACAUUUGUCUUUUAAAGCGGUAAACAAUUUGAAUUUUAAUAUUUGCAGUUUAAUUAAAAAUAAUUGUUAAAUAAUAAGAUUCAUCGAUUAUGGAAGAAGAUAUUGUGCAAUAUUUACUGCAUGGCAGCUUUGGCGUGAACGUCGGACCUAAUGCAAAAGAAUUAUUCCUUGAUCAAGUUGAAGUAGAAUUUGAUAAAGGAAACUUGCAAACUUCAAUAUUUUACCAAAUACGGGCAUUGUAUCAGGCUUCUCAGGAGCGCUACUUUCAAAUCGAAAAAAUAUUGAAUGAAGCUGAAGAUAUGGACGGCAGUCCCGCAUUCGCAGAACAGCUGCGCUUGGGAAUGAGUCUUUGGGAAAAGGAGAAUCUCAAAAGUAAUCCAUUAAUGCAGUUUGCACUGGAUACAAUUCGCGAUAAAAACACGGAGCUAAAUAGUGACGAAGAAUCGGAAUUUGUAUCGUGCAAUUUUUUGCAAAACAUUGUCGACCCUUUGCAGGGAGUGAAAAAAGUCGAAGAGAUUUGUCAAAAAAUGCCAAAAGAAUGGACAAUAUUGCAAUUGUGUAAAGGGCCACGUACAGAAACUACAUACUCGGUUUUUCCGCAAAUACAUGAGCUAGAUGCUGCCAUAUAUUUUACACUUUUUAAACAUGCACGCAGCGUUGAAUAUCCUACACCGAUUUGCCUGCGUUUUAGUGGUCCGGAACAGAAAGAGUUAUUCCAAAAAUAUGCCAAUAUUGCAAGUAAGUUCAAGCAAUGUAUCAACGUGGACCCCAAAGAGUAUAGCACAAAAGAAGCCAAAAAGUUUUAUUGGGAUAUGCUCUGUGAAUUGGAUCAGCAUAUAUCGCAAGCAUUAAAAGACCUGAAAAAUUUCUUCUUCCCAUGGAGUUUCCUUUUCACCGGCCAACCUUAUAUCCGGCCGUCCGCAGAAGCUACCGCGCUGGCUGCCAAACAGAGGAAAGCAUUCGCUACCGUCGAUGGCUUUUGCAACGAGUACCAUUGGGAUACACAAGCGCGCGUCUUGCUCUCGCUGACCGCUUUUAAUGUCGAUUUAUUAUCUGAGUUGGAAAUACAUGCAAUUUGUGGACUGCUUACGAGCAACAGUCGAGAAAAGAGCAAUGCUGCUAAAUUAUUACUGCAACUACAAAAUGCGGCACCAGCUGAAUGCCCUGAAGGAAAUGCUGAAAGCGAUAAUAAUAGCAAUUCCGCAAGGCGUCCUUCAACUCAUCACUAUCCGUGCAUUUUAAUUGUUGAUGAGCGUCUUGACCAUUUCUUUUGGGAGGAAUUAAAUGUUCAACAAGAAUAUAGUCGUGUCAAUUCCCUACAAUGUCUCUGGCGUCUGCAUAAUCUCUAUGCUGACCGCAUGCACAAAGGUUAUCUCUGUGUCGACAUCAUCGACGGAGGAUGUCUUGUGAAUCCUGAUAACAAUUUGCCAAAAACAGAGAUGCGCAUGCGUUGCUUUUUCGACUAUUGGCUACCAAAUUGGUUGAAGAAAAUAGCGCAAAAGCCAACACAGGAAGAGCUGCUGAAGGACUUCUUUAAACGCAGUUGUUAUGUGUAUGCCGGACACGGCUCGGGGUUACAAUAUCUCAAUGGAAAACACAUUGCUCGUCAACAAAUGAAUUGUGUGGUAUUUCUCUUUGGCUGUGACUCUUCGCGUUUACAUUCAAAUGGGUUGUACAGCGAGCUAGUCGGUUCGCAUUUGUAUUACCAUGCUGCUAAGUGCCCCACUUUAAUUGGAACUCUAAUGCCAGGUUUGGAUGCCAAUAUGGAUGGUGUGGCGACAGAAAUUCUUAGUCGUUGGAUAGCGCCGAAUUCGCCCAGUGUGGUCCCAUGGCAGUGUAUAGAUCAUGCAAGUUGGAUAAAGGAAGGCGUAGCGAAACCAUAUAAGUCUGACAUCCCCAGCUACCGCGAUACUCCCAUCUAUCAAUUUGGAAGUCUGUGUGCGGUUUUAGCGCGUAUUCAUCAACGUCGCUUUGAAACAAAACACUACAAUACAGUACCAUAUGUGUGCCGGGGCUUGCCAGUUUGGAACUACAAUGUGCAACCGCUGCCAAAUUAGAGAAAGCAUUGUUGCAGGAAACAAGCUUAUUAUAAUCAUAUGAAAGUUAUAUACAUAUAUGCAAUUUUAUUUAAUUUAGUUAUACACAUCAAAAGGUAGUUAAACUAUAAUUAAGAAAAUGUUGAUUGAGAUUUUCGCAAGCUACAGAGCCACAAAUUAAUUUAUCAAACCAUUUCAGACACUCUAUUUGGUCUUACUAUAGUCCGUGUUAAUGGACAUAUGAAGUGUUCAAAUAAAAAAGUUUAAAGUGAAAAACAAGCAGAAGCGCUACAAACCUCAACAACGUUUAAAUUCGAAAAUAUGUCCUUGAGAAUCUAAACAUCUUUAAACAGUCGUUCUGUUUUCUUUUUUUGAAACGUUAUAAGUAUCAAUAUCUAUUCGUCAAAACCUUACUCAAAAUAGUUUCA